CGCUGGAGGUUUUGCGCACAGGUGAUCUUCAGUCUCGCAGCGUGUCUGUCGGGGCGAAGGAAAAUGGGGAAGCUUCGGGAGUUCGAGAUCGCGUUUGACAACAACAAGGACAAGUACAGUCCGGGGGAGUCCAUCUCGGGGACCGUGAAGAUCCAAGUGGCCCAGUCGCUGCAAUGUAAAGCCAUCAAAGUGAACUGCAAUGGCUUCUGUGGCGUCACCAGUAAAGUCAAUGACACGGCAUGGAUCGUGGAGGAGCAGUACUUCAGCAGCACCAUCUCUGUUGCAGAUAAAGGAACCCUCAAACAGGGAGAGCACAUGUUUGCCUUCAGGUUUCUCAUACCAGACACUGCUCCCACAUCUUUUGAAGGCAAGUAUGGAAGGAUAAUCUACAGAGUGAGGGCUUUCGUUGACACGCCCAAAUUAGCUAAGAACUACAGCAUCGAGAAACCUUUCUACCUCCUACGCCUUCUGAACCUGAACGAAGUGCCAGAUAUAUGGGGAACCUGCUCAAAUGCAGUGACGCAGCAGUUCACCUACAUGCUGAUGAAAACAGGUACAGUGGUCCUGAAGGCCCAAACUGACAUGAAGGGCUACACACCAGGCCAGGUCAUCCAGGUGAUGGUUAACAUCCAGAACCAGUCUGGGAAGACCACAGGCAACAUGGCAGCCAGCCUGAUGCAGAAAGUGAUCUAUGAGACGAAGAAGCCCACCUAUGACAUGAGGAUGGUAGCGGAGGUGGAGGGAGGAGUGGUGAAGGCCGGCAAGGAGGUAGAUUGGAAGGAGCAGCUCAUCGUUCCUCCUCUCCCUCAGUCCUGCCUCACUGGCUGCGAGCUAAUAAAGAUUGAAUAUUAUGUGAAAGUCAGUCUGAAGUCUCCUGAUGUUAUGCUCACAUUACCCAUCCAGAUUGGGAACGUCUCACUGGACAAAAAACGUCAGCCUAAAAAAGUAACUCCUCCUCCCACUGAGAAUAAACCAGCCUCCACCUCUGUACCAGACACCACCCAGCCUGAUGCGGCUCCUCCUGCGGCAUCUGCAUCCACACCUACACAACCGCCUCGCCCCGCACCAAAACCUGCUCCCCGUCCAGCCCCUCGCUCCAGGGGGUCCUCCCACAGUACCCCCAGUGCUCCUCCGAUUGACUACGACAUUGGCGCAGAGGGCGGGACGCCGAUGGGUGCAGACAUCCCCAACAAGCGGCAGUCCCAGCUUGUGUCGCCCAACGCUUUCAGCUAUGCGCCAGGUCUGUUUUUCCCCGGGAACCAGCAGCACAACACACCUUCAACUGCACCCAGCGCACCUGUGUCCACAGGAGGCACGUCACUUUACCCCUCACUGAAUGGUGCCAACAACAUGCCAACACCACACAUUUUUCCACCGGACUACGGCACAUCAUCUUAUCCCCACGCAAUCCAGUUCCCUCCAGGAGCUGCUGUCGACUACUGAAAAAGGUAUUCCUGAAGCCAGAAAUUUCAAGACUGAGGCUCCUCCUUCUUACGAUGAGAGCUGCAACAUAUGAGGUGGAUGAAGAAGCAGAGUCCAGGAUGAUCAAUUCUUUGAGGUCAAAUCAAACGUUGGAGUGGAGAGAAACUGAUGCUCAAGGACAUGGACAAAAUCAUAGCAAGACACUUUUCUACAUGUAAGGAAAUCAGGUUUUGAUUGUAAACAACAGUGAACUGAACUCAAACUCUUGCUGCCCAGUGAACAAGUACCUUCACCAGUCACACAGGAGAGGAGGUAUUCACAGCUGGAGUCCAGCUUUACCCAAACCAACAGUCUUUUGAAAUUGAAGUUUGCUAUGCGUUUAGCACUUUUAAUAUUGAAGAGGAAGGAUAGAAAAUCCUAAUGUUUUUUUUGUUUUUAAGAAGUCAAAACACAUCAAGGUUUUAGUUCGGGCUUAUUGAGGAAUCCUUUAGGUGAUGUCUGUGUUGUCAAGUUUGACAGUUUUAUGUUUUAAGUAUGUAAACAACCGUGUCAUCUAGCAUUUAGUCUGGUGUCUCGACAGAUACCCCUUGGGAUUGUUUAAUGCAAACAGAUGAGGUCAUCCUUUACGAGAAUGUUUUUCUUUAUUUUAUUUUAUUUUAUUUUUUAUUUUAUUUUUAUUUUUUUUAAAAAAAGAAAUGCCAUGUUGAUUUAUUUGUCUUUGAUCAGUUUUCAGUUUCAUGUUGAUUAUGAUGAUCAAUCCAGAUAUUACCAUUGCAAGUUAUCGACAUGUGGUUUUGGCAUGGUGUAUAUUCCAGUAUAACCUCUUGAGAUUCCCUAUUGCUUCAGUUUCCUGUGUUGCCAUUUAGUGACUGUAGACAUCUUAUAGUAAUGGUGUAUAUAUUUUUUUUUCUACACCCACUGAAAAUGUUUUCAGUACAAAGGAAAAUGCAGCACCACUGUGAUUUGAGGUUUUAUUUGAUGUAGUUCACACCAUCUGCCUUAAUCGUAAAUUUUGUAAACAAGUUUUCUCAUUUCUUGAUCAUGUUAGAAGCAGAGGCAACGUUCUAUUUUAUAUAUUUAUUAUUUUAAGUCUCUUCCAACUGCUGUCUGCAUUCAAAUAAAUGCUUAAAAUUG